AGCAACCCGAAAAUUUACGAUUCUUCAGAAAAACAAAUAUAAAAUGGGUUUUGAAGGGGCAGGUUUGGGCUCGACGCCGUUGCCGGAGGUUUGAAUCGCCCUGGUGCAUUGGGGGUCCCCCUCAAUCCCCCACCCUCAUCUCCACCACCAUCACCACCCAAGACUCUCCACAUCUCUUAAGCUCCAUGCCUCCUUGUUGAUACAUCCAUCAGCGACUGCAGGACUGAUGAGGAGAUUAAAGGAUUGGGUUUUUUUUUAUGCCGUAGAUGGAUGCUUCAUGCCAUCGUUGAUGGGGGUGGGGUUUGAGGGGGAACCGAAUAGCACUGGCUAGUCACUUGGGACACCGGCGGUUUUUCCAAAGCUAAAAUCGCCUGUUCCGAGUGUUGCUUUAGUUUUCCCCUCACCCGAUCUCCUUUUGUUUUUUUUGUUUUUUUUGUUUUUUUGUUUUUUUCUCUUUUUCAUUUUAUUGGAUGGAAAGAGUCGUAUCUAAUUCGAAUUACACAACGGCCAGAAAGAGUGCUUGGUGGGGCCUACGCAAUAUAUCAAGUGCCGCGUGAGUAACAUUCAAAUCAAUCACAUAACUCUUUCAAUUCAAGAACUGAAGGAGCCAACUACCUACCAAACCAAAGCCAAUGUAUCCCAAAGUGAGGGUGAAGGAACAAGACCAGGAUGAUCGAUAUGCAGAAAGGGAUCCAAAGAGGAGUUCUUGUUCUCCUGUGAAGGAGUAUAUGCCAAGAGCAGUUGUGCCUAUGAUUUCUGUUCCUAUAGCAGGAAACAAAGACCAAGAAUUUGUACAGAAUGACAGAGCUAGAUCAAUCUUACGACCACGUGCUGUUUUAUCUAGUCCUGAUAAUGACAGGAUGAUUGGGAAGAGAAACAGGAUGGAGAAAAAGCAACCUUCACCUCCAAAAAAUCAUAAGUUGGUCCAGAGCAAGCAUGCCCUAUGCAAGAUUGUCCCAAGCCCUAUCCAAAGCUGUAUCCCAAGCCAAGUUGUCACUAAAAGUCCAAGAAACACAAGAAGAAAGACCAAGCAAGAGGCUGGUGAUAGUAACAGUGACCCCAUAAAAACAAGAAAAGGGUCUAAGGAGGAAGCUAGUGAUAGAAAAAGUGAUCUUAAAGCAAAGAAAGGGCCAGCAGGAGCCAUUCCAAGUGGGAAGCUGAACCAGGGAACAAGGAGACCGAGCUCUGUGAGAACGUGAGAUCAGUUCUAGUAUUUUUAAGUGGAUUAUACUGAGUUAGAGAGUUCAAUUUUGAAAUAGCAGCAAUGCUUUUUGAUAUGAACUUUCUUUCAACAAAAAUCCUAUUGUGAGGCAAGUUUAAUGUUAUCAGUAUAAUUCUUUGAUCCUUUUUUUCCUC